CAGGAGGAGGUGGCGGCGGCCUCCGCCUCUUUGGGUCGCUGCUGACGGGCUGCCGGGUGGCCCCGCUCGAUCGUCCGCUCGUUCUCCGACGGGGCUUUCGAGGCCCUACGCGGGCGGGGCGAUGCAGCCACCGGGUGCCCAACAGCCCGCUCCCCCGCAGCCGCCACCGCCGCUGCUCUACGCGCCCAGCAACGGGGAUUUCACCUUCGUCUCCUCGGCCGACGCCGAAGAUCUGAGUGGUUCAAUAGACUCUCCAGAUGUAAAGCUCAACCUUGGAGGAGGAAGUGGGGAAUUUAUCAAAGAAUCUACUGCAACUACAUUCCUGAGGCAGAGAGGAUACGGUUGGCUUUUGGAAGUAGAAGACGAUGACCCUGAAGAUAAUAAACCUCUCUUGGAGGAGUUAGACAUUGAUCUGAAGGACAUAUACUACAAAAUUCGAUGUGUUUUGAUGCCAAUGCCUUCUCUUGGAUUUAACAGACAAGUAGUAAGAGAUAAUCCUGAUUUCUGGGGCCCUCUGGCAGUUGUCCUGUUCUUCUCAAUGAUCUCAUUAUAUGGGCAAUUCAAGGUGGUAUCCUGGAUUAUAACUAUUUGGAUAUUUGGAUCCUUGACAAUCUUCCUGUUGGCCAGGGUUCUAGGAGGAGAGGUUGCAUAUGGCCAAGUUCUUGGAGUUAUUGGAUAUUCUUUACUUCCUCUUAUUGUAAUAGCACCUGUGCUUCUGGUGGUUGGAUCAUUUGAAGUUGUUUCAACUCUAAUAAAACUUUUUGGAGUUUUUUGGGCUGCAUACAGUGCUGCUUCCUUAUUAGUUGGAGAAGAAUUUAAAACUAAGAAGCCCCUCCUGAUAUAUCCCAUCUUUUUAUUGUACAUUUAUUUUUUGUCCUUAUAUACUGGGGUGUGACCAAGUCAAACAAGAACAAUGUCUUGCUCACUAUGAAGACUGAUGAAAUGUUACCUGAUUGAAGAGAGAAGUGAGUGUGUCAUGUCUGGCUGUCAAGUUUUCAGUGGUAACCCAGUUAUAUCUAUGUAUAUUAUUUAAGCUGUUUUAGUUACAUUAGAGAUUUAUAAAAGAGUUUUAGGUUUAAGACUAUGUAGAUUUUUAUUGAGCAGAUAUAAGAAUAUUGUGUGUUUAUAACUCAAAGUUGCAGGAUAACAGCUUGAUAACUGUGCCAAAAGCACUAAGAGGAUAUGAUUGAUGUGUUAAAUUGAAGUGGAAUUCUAAUUAAUAGUAAUGGUUCAAAGUUCAAUUCUUACAUUUGAAAUUGCAGAUUCUGUACAUAUAUUUAUGAAUCAGUCCUAAAGAUUGUUCAGACAACCAGUACACAACUGUGACACUUAAUGUGAGUGCCUUGCACACACUGAUUUGGCUGUUGAGUCAUUAAAGGUCUGACUUUUUAAGAAGGGUGUUUAUGUCAAUCAUAUUUAGGUUUACAUAUUUCAUUGUUAAGAGGGUUUACAGAUUCCAUAACAACAUGAAGAAACAACUGUUUGAAUUAGUCCUUGGUUUUUAACAAACUAUAUGUAUGCCAUAGGAAAAUAUUCUUUAAUAAUAUUGAUUUUGAAAUUUCCACAAAAAAAGCUGCUAGGGGUUUUUAACCUCCAGCUUUUAUGGUAGUAGUAUUAAGUGGGGAGAACAGUUUAAAUCAACCUUAUGAUUCUGAACACUGUCUUACGAUGGAAUAAAAAUGCUUCUCCAAAACUGUA